CCAGCUGGUAUCUGCACACACGCAGCUCUGGGAGCCGAUCUGCAGCCAGGCGGAUUCCGGGUGGGACGUUUCUCGCCGAAGCCUCCGGGGCUGCGAUGUCUCCCAUUUGUCCUUUCCCACCCAGCAAACAGCCCGAGUCAGCUCCAGGAAGCCAAACAGCCCCCUGCCUGCUGGAGGCGCGGCUUAGGCGGAGCCUGUUCCCAGCCCAGAGGCAGCAAUGGCCUCAGGGAGCCCAUUGGGACGUCUCCUGCAGGAAGCGACCGACAGGAUCUUCCUAGAGGAUUUCACGGCCCCUCUCACUCUGCAGCGUGGGCACAACAGUGGAUGCAGGGACCCUGUGCAGCAGGGAGCCGUCCAGCCCAGUAGGCAGCUGGCUAACGUGGUGGCAAUAGCCCAGCGGCUGAGUCUGCAGUGGGGCGGGGUGUGUGGGGAGCACCAGGAGGCGCUGAAGCUGUUUUGUGUGGAAGAUCAAGCCCCCAUCUGUGUGAUCUGCAAAGAGUCCCGGACACACCGUGCGCACAGGGUGGUGCCCAUACAGGAAGCUGCCCAGCAGUACAAGAAAAAAAUUCAAGCCCAUUUGAAGACUCUGAGGGAAGAGAGAGAAAAGCUGCUGGGAUGGAAAGCAACAGGCGAGGGGAAAUGCCAAAAGUAUCUGAAACAGACACAAGCCGAGAGGCAGAAGAUUGUGGCUCAGUUUCAGCAGCUGCGGCAGUUCCUGGAGGAACAAGAGCGACUUCUGCUGGCCCAGCUGGAGAAGCUGGACAAGGAGAUUGGAAGGCUCCAGACUGACAUUGUCAGGAAACUCUCCGUGCUGAUUUCUUGUCUCAGUGAGCGGAUCAGUGAGCUGGAGGGGAAGUGCCAGAAGCCAGCGAGUGAAUUCCUGCAGGAUGUCAGAAGCACCUUGAGCAGGUGUGGGAAGCAGCAGUUCCAGCAGCCAGAGGAGAUUUCUCCUGAACUGGAAGAGCGAGUCAGUGGUUUCUCCCAGAAAACAAUUGUGCUGUCGGAGACUCUGAGGGAGUUCAAAGAUGCUCUGCUGUGUGCACUGGGGGCACAAAGAAGGGAACCUCGAGGAGUGCACAGACUGGGCUGCAGAAAACCCAUGUUUUGUUCCAGCUCAGCCCAUGGCUUGCAGAGCCAGAGACAGGAAAUGGCUGUGGCGGAGCCGGUGACCUUCGAGGAGGUGGCUGUGUAUUUCUCUGAGGAGGAAUGGGCUCUGCUGGACCCGGGUCAGAGAGCCCUCUACUGGGAUGUGAUGCAGGAGAAUUAUGAGGCUGUGAGCUGGCUGGGAUUUCAAGACUUCAAAGCUCAUGUGAUCUCCUGGGUGGAGCAAGGGGAGGAGCUGCAGAUCCCAGAUCUCCAGGGCUGUGAGGAAGGAGAAAUCAUCAAUGACACCCACACAGGCUGCAGAACACCCAUGUCUUGCUCCAGCUCACCCCAGGGCCUACAGAGGCAGGGACAGGAAAUGGCUGUGGUGGAGCCGGUGUCCUUCGAGGAGGUAGCUGUGUAUUUCUCUGAGGAGGAAUGGGCUCUGCUGGACCCAGGUCAGAGAGCCCUCUACUGGGAUGUGAUGCAGGAGAAUUAUGAGGCUGUGAACUGGCUGGUCUCCAAAGCUUAUGUGAUCUCCUGGGUGGUGCGAGGGAAGGAGCUGUGGAUCCCAGAUCUCCAGGGCUGUGAGGAAGGGGAGAUCAUCAGCGACACCCACACAGGUGAUGUGACUGUGAGUGAGAACAAUGAAGAGAGUCUUCAUCAGGAAGUACUGGAGCAAGUGGCUCCAUGUGGGGUGUUAUUGGGAAGAUCUGAAGGGCAUGUUUCUCAGAGUCCUGAACAGAGAGAGACCUGUAACAAUCAGCAUAGCCCAGAAAGGCAGCAGGGAAACCAUGCGGUGGAGGGACAGAGUAAAUCUAGCCACAGGAGCAGUGGGGUGAAAAGAAACACAGAAACCAUUCAACAGAAAAUCCCCCAUCAAGAGGGACCCUACAGUUGCAGCAACUGUGGGAAAAGUUUCCAAUGUAGACAGGUCCUCAUUUUACACCAGGAAAUCCACACAGGCGAGAACCCUUUCAACUUGUCUGACUGUAGGAAUAACUUCAGUCAGAACUCAAUGCUUAUUACACAUCAGGGAAUGCAUCCAACUGAGAAGAUCUGUGACUGCCCUGACUGUCAGAAAAAUUUACAUUGGUUUUCAGUAACACCUGAUUGGCAGAGAAACCACAGAGUAGAGAAACCUUUCAACUGCUCUGCCUGUGGGAGAAGCUUCAGUCAGCGCUCAAAUCUUAACAUUCAUCGCAGAAUCCACACAGGAGAGAAACCCUUUAUGUGCACUGCCUGUGGGAAGAGCUUCAAUAGGCGCUCGAAUCUUAACAUUCAUCACAGAAUCCACACAGGAGAGAAGCCCUUUAACUGCUCUGCUUGCGGGAAAAGCUUCAGUAGGCGCUCACAUCUUAUUCAACAUCAGGUACUACAUACAAGUGAGAUGCCCUAUAACUGCUCUGUCUGUGGGAAAAGCUUCCAUCGGCGGGCAAAUCUUCUUGAUCAUCAGAGAACCCACACAGGAGAGAAGCCCUUUAGCUGCUCUGACUGUGGGGAAAGCUUCAUUCGGCGCUCAAGUCUUAAAAUUCAUCGUACUGUCCACACAGGAGAGACACCCUAUAACUGCUCUGAGUGCGGGCAGAGGUUCAAUCUUAGAUCAGACCUUGUUAGACAUAGGCGAAUCCACCCUGCAGAGAAACCCUUCAGCUGCUCUGACUGUGGGAAACGGUUCAGUCAGCGGUCAGACCUUGUUAGACAUAGGCGAAUCCACCCUGCAGAGAAACCCUUCAGCUGCUCUGACUGUGGGAAACGGUUCAGUCAGCGGUCAGACCUUGUUAGACAUAGGAGAAUCCACACAGGAGAGAGACCCUUCAAUUGCUCUGACUGUGGGAAAAACUUCAGUCAGAGAUCAGACCUUGUAAGACAUAGUAGAAUCCACACAGGAGAGAAGCCUUUUAAUUGUUCUGAAUGUGGGAAAAGCUUCAGCCAAACAAAAAAUCUGAUUAAACAUUUAAGGAAUCCAUACAGCAAAGAAACCGUUCAACUCCUCUGACCGUGGGAAAAGGUUCAGUUGAUGCUCAAAUCUUGACAGGCAUCCUACAGUCCACCCUGUAACUGGUCUGAGGGAAAAGAUUCCAUGAGAGCUGGUAGGAUUUUGAACAUCAGAGAACCUGCAUGGGUGAAAAGCCGCCUAAUUGUUCUGACCGGGAAAAUGUUGAGUCAAUGCUCAGACUUUGUUGGACUCAGAAGAAUCUACACAACAUAGAAACUGCAUAACUGCUUUGAUGCAGGAAAAGUUUGUCAGAGGUCAUACCUUGUGUGACACAGGAAAAUCUAAACAGAAGAGUGCUCUCUCUUCAAGUGCUCUGUCUGUGGCAACAUCUUCAGUUCUCAAAUCUUAACAGGUAUCAUACAGUUCACACAAGGUGAAAAACCUUUCAACUGCUCUGACCGUGGGAAAAAGUUUCAUUGGACUCAAGCCUUAUUGAACACCAGAGAACCCCCAAAAGAAGAGAGAACCUGCAGCUACAGGGCAGUGCUCACACAUUGUCAUAUCCAAGAGCCCACAGGCUGAGAGAUCCUAUGAAUUGUCAAGGUCAGGAAAAGCCUUUGUUGGAGGUCUUAGGACAGACCACUCUCAUCAGCAUGCCACACUGGCUAGCUUACACUGCUCUCCUUGUGUUGUGUGGGGAUUUGGAGAGCUCUGAAGUAUUUGUUGCCCUUGCAAAAAUCUGCAACGGGAGGAACUCUUUAAAUGCCCUGAAUUUGGGAAGUGUUCAGUCAGAGUUCAACCCUUAAUAACCCUUAGAGAAACUACAAGGGUGCUUUGAGUGUGGGAAAGCCUCCUAGCACAGCUUAUCCCUCAUGAGAUGUAAGAGCAUCCACCCAGCGCACACACAGUAAAAGUGUACUGGCUGGGGAUGGGGCAAGAGAAUAAUUUUUUUCCUUAUUCCUACACAUCUCGGAGGGUAGGGAAUGGCUCCGCAGACAUGUAAUGAGGACAUGCAACAGUAUUCAAACAGAGUAUGAAAUGUCCUCCAAAGAACAGAGCCAUAGACAGCAAAAGGUUGAUAAGGAGUCCCCCAUUGGCAGGAGUUGAAUAUAACUUGUUGAUAAAUCUGAAUAUUUUCUGUUCAGUUAUUUCAUUUACGUUUGACGUUACACACCUGUGCCCCUUGUUUUCUUUUCUGCUGUGACUUCUCAUUCAUCCCUGACAGCAUUUGUAGGCUGGAAUCCACCAAAGGACUUAUCUUUAUGACAUUGAGUGUUGCAAAUGCUCUUGGGUACCUAGAAUAUCAGAGAAACAGCAGUAAAGACUGAGUUAUGAGUCCAAGCCUCUUAUACAAUUAAAGGAGGAAUAGGUGUCUUAGAAUGGGGUCCCCAAAUUCCCAUCCAUCACAUGGAAAUAGGCACAUAUCUGUGCUCCCCAUUCAUGAACCAUAGAAGUGAAAUUAUCUGCUGACAAUAAGGCCCAGCCCAGUAGAUGUUUUGAGAGACUGCCUGACUCUGCAGUGGGGACAUUUCCCUCAUGAGCAUUUGGCCCAUGACUAGGAUGUGAGAGUCCAUCCCCUAGGAUAUGAGAGUCCAGUUCAAGUCCCCUCCUUGCCUAAUCAAACGAAGGAUUUAGAAAAGGGAUCUGCCACUUCUUAGGGGAGUGUCUUAGCUACUCAGCUCUCAAUCUGAUGAGGGGUUCUCAAUCUGCUUUACCCUAGGAUGUUAUUUUGAAAUAGCCCCCCUUACGUCAAAUUUAUAAACAGAGCAUCCACAAUACCAAGCCUGUUGUUUUGAAAUAACAGGCUGGUUAUUUUGAAAUCUGUACUCCCGCGUUCCUCGGGGAAGAGUGCUAAUUGCAAAAUAGUUAUUUUGAAAUAGCUUUAGCGUGGACACUCCAAUGCUGCUGUUUUCAAAUAACUACUCCCCAGAGUCAUUUGAACUAAUUACUUCCCAGUGCUUUCUGGGGCUCUAAGUCACGAUAGCGCAUCCACAUUAACAGAGCUUGCCUCUGACUAAUUUUGAGGCUUCCCUUAGUGGGGACACGCUAUUUCAAUUUUGUUAAAUCAGGAGUUAAGUCCAAUUUAAUUAUUUCAAAAUAAUUUCCGAGUGUAGACAUGCCCUCAGUGAUGUAAUCGCACAGUGUAUAAAUCCCAAGAGUUGUUGGGUCAUGACAGAGUGAAAAUGACCUGGCAGAAUGGUGGUCAGGGAACCCAGGUGUUUGAUGGAUAUCCCUGUAUCCAAGCUCUUUGUUCCCAUGACUCUCUAUCUUUCUCUGAAUAUAAAAUCUAAAUGCUACUAUGAAGAUCAUCAGAGGAAUUGCAGUUCACAAAUGUUUAUGAAAUCCUUGGUUAGGAAUUGCUGUCCUUCAAGGCAGCUGGAAUAUGAUCUUGCUUUCCCAAAACACGACCCCAUUGGAGUUCAGUUCUGUUCCCUAGAACUGGACUGUUGGGAUGGUAGAGGUUAACAGAUAAACCCAAAAACUUCCAUCCAACUAUGGAUACAGCUUUCAAGUACCUAAAAGGAGUUACAAGGAGGAGGGAGAAAAAUUAAUUCUCCUGACCCUCUGAGGAUAGGACAAGAAGCAAUAGGUUUAAAUUUC